AUGAAUGUGCUGCUUAUCUUUCUUAUUUUCGUUGUUUCAAGUGGUAUAUUAAAGGAAGAUUGUCCUUCGCAAAGCACAGUCACAAACGCAGAUGUAACAUGGGAAGGUGUGUGCUCAAUCAAUGGUGAUAUUUCAGUGAGAGACACUGGAAUUAUUCGUGUUGUAUCAAACAGUGUUUUGACCCCAACUGGAGGGCUUUACGUCACGAACAAAGGCAAAAUGUAUAUGAGUGGGGAGAGUACCAUUAAUGCAUUAAAUAGUUACUUUAGAGACACUUCUUAUUUUUAUAUGAACGACAACUCGACUAUAACAACGGAAACUGUGACUUCUAAUUACUAUGGAAACAUAAAUUUAGAAGAUAAUUCCUCAUUAAUUGUUUUAAAAGGGUUUCAAUUGUAUGACUACAGUACUUUGGCAAUCAGUAACAACGCAUUAAUCAAAGUUACAGACUUUUCUGUGUAUAAUAACAUCGCAAUAACAAUGAAUGGAAGCGAUAUGGUUCAAGCAGUGGAAGCUACCACUUUUCUCUGUAAAACAAACUCCACUCUAUAUACUACUGGGACUAAUUAUUUUAUUAUAAAUAUAACUACACUGGAUGUUGGGUGUAUAAUCAAUUCAACAAGAACAAUAAAAGACACUCCAAUCUUCUUUACUGACACACUAACAUUAAAUUCACUUGAAAUUAAGAGCAGUUUGGAAUUUAAUUUGGCUUAUGUCAGAAACGGAUUUACUCAACAAAUUGUUGGAACCACUUUACUUGAAGAUGGGAAGCUUGUGAGAUAUGGAACUUCAAAGACGGUUUACUGCCAUUUAUAUGGUAAAAUAAUAAAACAAGGUAAUUUUAUAGAAGAGUACUGUCCUUCGAGUGAAGACGAGUGGUAUGUCGUUCCAAAGACUUCACAAGUUGUUAUUGAGUCCAUUUUCAGUGCAAAAAGUUCGAAUAAAAAAUCGAGACAUCACUUAAAGAGUGUGAGUAAUGUAUUAAGUGUUGCUGGAUAUAACAUACUCUUAGACGAUGUCGAUGAUGUUGUCUUGGAUAUUAAUGUAGACUCGGAAGUUGCAGUAAAUGUCACUUCAGUAUCCAAGAGUGUAUUUAUAGCAAGUAAAAAUGGGUUUAUAUUUGGUACAACAGUGUGUUAUAUUGGUCAAGUGACUAAUAAUGUGUUUCAGUGUAACCGGCUCAAAGAGUGUUACGAAGGAAAAUUUGAUUUGACACUACGGCUGUGUUCUCCAUGCACUGAUUUAAAAUGCAAAAAGUGUAUGAGUGUCGAGAGCACUUCAACAUCUGGGGAAUGUGUUCAGUGUGUAGAUGGAUAUCUAUUAAACGAUGGAAAUUGUGAAGAAGAUGCUUUCUGUAUUUUUGCAGAAAAGAAUGUUUGUUUGAAGUGUAAAGAAGGAAAGUCUUUGCUUGAUGGGAAAUGUGUUAAUAUCACAAACAAUUGUUUGGUGACGGGAAGUACUGUAUCAGAAUGCCAAAUAUGUGAACCAAACUCGAUGUACAUAAAUAGAAAUGGCAAGUGUGAAGAAGUAGAUAACACAAUAAAGGAUCAUACAGUAUCUUCUGUAUUAUCAUGUUCUUCCCAGUAUUAUAUAAAUGGGACUUCUUGCACUUUAUGCCCAGAGAAUUGUAUACAAUGUACUCAAACAACGUGUUUACAAUGUGCAAAUGGUUAUGAGAUGUUUCCACACAACAAAUGUGUUCUAAAGACAUGCGGACAAGAUAUCUACAAAUCAAGUGAUGUGAAUGGGAGGUGUGUCACUGAGAUAUCCAAUUGUAAACAAAUAGAAAAUGGACUAUGUGUUGAAUGUAAAGAAAGUUACAUAUUAAAUAAUGGGAUGUGUACUUCAGAACAAAACAAAGAGUGUAGUGUUCAGAAUUCAUAUGGGUGCAUUCGAUGCAUUGACAAAAUGUAUUCAAACGACAAGAACAAAUGCGAGUUGUGCGAUUCCUCAUGUCUGACAUGUUCGUCCAUAUCGACUCAAUGCCUUUCUUGUCCUUCGGGCACUUAUAUCGACGAAAACACGUGUAAAUCAAAUUCUGAAUUACAAGGGAAGUGCAAAACAUUUUCUUUAACAGGUAAUGGAUGUUAUGAAUGUGAAGACGGGUAUUACAGAAGCGAUCUGGAUUGCAAAAAUUGUUCUGAAAGUUGUUCCACUUGUAACAAUGCAGAAAGAUGUUUGACGUGCAGUUCAGCUUAUUACAUGUCAAGUGACAAUGAAUGUCUCAUGAUGUCUUCUCUCAUAGGUUGUGGAGUUGAAGUUACCCAAAGUGGGUGUUCCAAGUGUGCGUUGGGGUUUUACACUUACAAAAACAAUCAGUGCAAAUCGUGUAACUCCUGUUGUACAGAAUGUUAUUCUGCUUUAGAGUGCACCAAAUGUUUAGAUGGUUUUAUUUUAGUUGACAGUACAUGUAACUCACUUUCUAAUGUUCAAAAGUGUCUUCAAAUUGGUGAUUCCAAAUGUUCAAAAUGUUCUUUUUGGUAUUCUCCAAGUAGUGAAGGUACUUAUUGUUUAAAGAAAGCGGAGUGGUGGGUCAUCACCUUAAUAGUAAUAGUCGUGUUAUUUUUUAUUGUAAUUAUCUGUAUACUUCUCUAUUACUUCACCGUUCAUGUUGUAAAGGCAAUUCACCUCAAAAAGAUUCAAAAAGACUUUAACAUCUUUAAAAUCGAGACAUCCAAUAUACAAUUCAACACAUUAAAAAAUGGGAUAGUUGUGAAUCUCACCGAAGUCGAUUUUAAUCGCGAUAAAGAAGAGAUUCCAAUCUGCCAAGAGACUUCCCAACCAAUAUGUGUUGGAAAUAUUUCAACAAAACUCAUGAAGGUGCAGUUCAGUAUUAAAGAGUCUGAAGAAAAAUACUCUCUCCGAGUUUUUCCUGCCAUAGUGCUGCUCAAGAAAGGGGAGGCUUGUGAGUUUCAACUGAACAUCACUCCAAAUUACACUUCUACAAUUAAAGGAACUAUAAUUAUAGUUUCACAAGAUGUUAAAAGUGGAGAAGAGACACUCAACACAAUUUCUAUUCAAGCAGAAACAGUUCUAUCAACCCGCCUUGAUCCAAACGAGUUGAAUGAAGAGAAACAAAUUGGUGAAGGUGGCUUUGGCAUAGUUUUCAUGGGGACUUAUAGAAACAACGUUGUAGCCAUAAAGAUGAUGAAGCAAGGGAAUGAGACUUCUGAGACAAACAGUGAGUUUGAGAAUGAAGUAUUGAUGUUAGACAAAUUCCGGUGUGAUUACAUCGUUCAUUUCUAUGGCGCAGUCUUUAUACCAACAAAGAUUUGUAUGGUGACUGAAUUUGCUCCGUACGGUUCUUUAAGUGAUCUUAAAAAGAAGAAAAAGAUAACAGAAGUUGAUAUGAAAAUGCGGAUAAAGUUUUGUUUAGAUGCUGCAAAAGGGAUACAAUAUUUACAUACCAAUGGGAUAUUACACAGAGAUAUUAAGCCAGACAACAUUCUUAUUGUGUCACUCGAUAAUAACAUCGCAGUAAAUGGCAAAUUGACUGACUUCGGAUCUUCAAGAAACAUUAACAUGUUGAUGACUAACAUGACUUUCACUAAAGGUAUAGGCACUCCUGUUUAUAUGGCUCCUGAAAUACUCGACAAAAAGAAAUAUAAAAAGCCGGCUGAUGUCUAUUCGUUUGCAAUAACAGUCUAUGAGUGUUUAGGCUGGUGUAAUGCAUAUCCUAUUUCAGAGUUUAAGUUCCCGUGGAGUAUUGCAGAGUUCGUGACCUCCAAAAAGCGUCUUUCCAAGACUGUUGAAAUGACAACUGAAAUGUUUGAGUUAAUCAAGAGUAUGUGGCCUCAAGAUCCCAAAGACCGGAUAACAAUGGAAGAAAUUGUUGAUGGCCUCAAUCAAUUGUUCGUGUGUUAUUGA